AGGAUUCACUCGUGUAUCGUCUUGUUAUCAUGACCGAAGUCGAUUGCGCAGCACGUUUGUUUGCAAACAAUGAAUAUUUUUCGUUAGUUUCGUGGUAAAACAAAUGCUUUAGACUGAAUAUAGUAAUAAAAAGAAGGAAGCAACAAUGGUUAGUUUAUCGAGAAGCUUCAACACCAAUUCUGGCGGAGCAACAUUUUUCAGUGAAUCUGGAAAUAUGGCAGAUUCAGAAUACUUACAACCAAUUUUGGAGUCAUAUGGAACCUUUAGACCGUUAAAUACAGUGCCAGCUUUUAGCAUCCAUUUGUUAGUUACACUUGCCUUAGAAAUAUUGGCAAUUAUCUAUGCAGUUAAGCAUCCAGAUGAAAGUAGUAGAUGUCAAGAGUAUUUUAUAGUUAUUUAUGUUCAUGUGGGGUUGUGGUUCAUAACAUUGAUUGUUGAUCAAGUGGCGCGCAAAAAACACUACAAUAUGCGCAUAUUAGGUUAUCUAGAAUUUUAUAAUAACACGGCAGUGCAUCAUCGUCUUCCCUUUUAUACAGUCAGCUUAUGCAGUGCUGUUCUGGUGCUAAUACAAGCAUUAAUGCAACAGUACUAUCCUGACAACUUUGCUGAAAAGUGUAUUAAUGGAGGAGCCAUGUCGCCAACAGGUUACUUAUGUGCCUUAAUCACAUUUGAGUUUUGUUUAAUUGCAGGCAUUAAUAUUAAUUACAUAAUAAAAGUUCGCAAGUUUAACAAGCAAAAAGCACCUCCUGAUGUGCAGAAAGAAGAAUGGAAUGCUUGUCAAAGUCCCGAGGCUACUGAAGUUGGAUCUCCAAUGAGAGGAGAAAAAUUACAUGACUUUUUGCAGAAGCAGGCGGACCUAAUACGAUUUUUAAAGGAACAUAAUGCAAAGUUGGGGGAAAAGUUAAUGGUGUUGAGUGCGCAACUACAGGCAAGAGCAUGACCAGAGUAUGUUUACUAAGUCAAAGUUUGUUGUGAUACUGAUCCAGUAACCACUUUUUUUUUAUUACUUUUUAUAUUGUUGAAUAGUGAUGUGUGCAUUAUAAUUUGAGCCACUUUAUAGUUACAUAAUGUAUAAUAUGUAUAAAUGAUGAUAAUAAUAAUGCUAAUUUUUGUAUGUAUGUAAAAUAUAACUGGAAUACUAGCAUAAA